AAAAUUGAUGUGCGCUGCACACACUUUUGGCGGUAGUCGUAAUGGCGUAUUUCAAAAUACCCACCAUCAAAACCAAGCCCAGGAAGAAAAGUAGUAUAGACGGUUUGAGUGAGUUUCAGUGGAAUGAAAUUGAGGCAAAAGUUGAAAUUGGAAGCAGGUGUUUUGGAGUGGCCCAUAAAGCGAAGUUUAACGGGAACACAUUGGUUGUGAAGUGUUUGCGAAGUGAGCGGCUAGCCGAGAUUGCUUUGUUUGCCAAAGAAGGUAGGCUGCUAAACACCCUUCACCAUUAGAAUAUUGUUGAAAUCCAAGGAUGCUGUUUUUCCCUCUGUACUCUAAAGCUGAGUUAUCAGUGUUUCAAAUUCUGUCCUUUCGGAAUUGAGAAGACAGUAAAUAAACUACUUCCAUUUCUGAAAGUGAUGGAUUCUUUUGAACAAACUUCAUUAACUGUUUUCUCACCGACAGUACUAAAAAUAGCCCAAGAUAUUUCUCAUGCCCUUACAUAUCUACACGAUAAAGAUGUUACUCACAGAGACCUUAAACCUGGGAAUGUUCUUCUUAGUAAUGGGUAUUACAGUGGGGAGGAAAACCGUGAGCAACCAAUAAUGUUUUUAGAGUAAGCCUGAUUGUGUGCAAACUAACAGACUUUGGGGAAAACAGAUCUCAGUUUAUUCAAACAUCGAUGGCAAUACAUUCUCGCACAAGCAACCUUGAGAAGGGUACCGUCUCCUACAUGGCACCUGAAUUAAUAUUAAACAACUUGGAAGGGGCGUCUGUGGAGGACCUCAAGAACAUUGAUGUGUGGGCUCUGGAGAUGACCCUGUUUGUGCUACUCAAUCCCAAUCUGAUAGGCCCUUACUUAUUAGAACAUGGGGAAAAGGCACUAAUGCCUUACAGAAAAGUGAUCGCAGGCAAAAUGCGGGCACAAGAAAUACCAAGGAUAUCAGAGAAGUAUCAUCAAAAGCAGGCAUCAGAAUGGAACAAAGUGGAAAAGGUAUUCCAUCAGUGCAUAGUGUUUAAUGCUAUAGCGAGACCUGCUGCCUGGGACAUUCAACGAUUACUUGAAGACCAAACAACAAACUGCAGGUGCAUGAGCUUGGCAGUCAGUCAGCAAAGGGCUGUGGAGCAGUUUGAUCAAGAUAUGCUAUCGUGCUGCGAUGAAGCAAGUGACCCACAAAACCACACUGUAUUCCUGGAGCAUGACGUGACAAACACUUGUAGUUUUCUUAGUCUAGCAAUCUCUGACUCCUUGUUAAGUUUGCCUAACACAAGCGACACGUCUUGGGGUCAAGUAGCUGAAAUAGCCCACAAAGUUAUCAUUGAACUUCCAUCUUUGUUGAACAAUGUCAGAGAUCCUACCCGCUAUUAUGAUGUACUCGAUGUAGCUCCAGGCAUCGUAACAACGUUGGAAUGUCGCAAAAGAUAAAAAGAUUAUGAGGACUUCAGUCGAAGUACUGAUUUCAAACACCAAAGACUGAAUGAUUCCAACGUGAUUUAUUAACAUUAGCCAUGAUUUGAUGUCCAAAACCGUCAAACUAAAAUACAAUCAAAAAACCUAGUCUAAGCGACACGAAAUACUAAAACUAAAGUAACCAUUACAUAACACAAAUACAUAUUAAAAUACAUGAGUGCGAGGAAAUCUAAAAUACAACAAUUGACCAAGAAAUGCAAUGAAAAUGGCAAGGAAGGAAAUACACGCUUACCGAUUGUCCUCUCUGUAACGCCUGAAUAGACAAGUCGCAAGAUAAAUGCAGUAACCUUCGCAAUGGACUCUCUUGUGUAAAAUAACUAUCGCAAAACGAUAACGCACGAGGUAUGACAUAUGAUAUCGAAGCAUUCCUAAUACGCAACAAAGACUAAUACUUAACAGAGAAUAAUACUUAACUGAAAAUAAUACAUAACUCGACAACAAUUACACUCAAGGCCAUACAGAUUAUGAAGACACACAAACUUAUCCCUCAGGAAGUGGCGCUCUAUGAGAACAUCAUAUCCGACAGCUGCAUCUUCUCACCUGAAGGUCGCCAUCUUCUACGCAACACAUUGGCAUCUGCACCGAACCAGGCAACGUCAGCAUACCUAUAUACCUGUGUGCCUUAUGUCUUUCUAGUUGGAGUUCUAAAUAUUGUAAUAAAUAGCACUAUUUUUUGGUAGAAAUAUAAGUAAUGUGAAUCAUUAAGUCAUUAAGAAUUACACAAAAGUGUGCAUCAGCAUUAUGUAACAGUGUGUGGUAACUAGUAAAGAAAAAAAAAGAGGAAAAAAAAUAUUGUAAUAAAUAGCAUUAUUUUUUUUUGGUAGAAAUAUAAGUAAUGUGAAAUUAUCAGCAUUUUUUUUUAAAGGUAGAAAUCCAAGAGGUUAUUGGUUAAAACUGUAAAAGGGGUUAAUUGUGACUAAAUAAUAUCAUAUGCAUACAAUAGGGGGAGGGGAAAAGUUUUCUGGAAUGUAAGUACUAUAACUAUAACCAAGUAAGUAGCAGAUAAAUGUUGUACUGUAGCAUUGUAUUGUAAGUAUUUUUCAUUGUACGUAAUGUUCUUUUUUUUUGGUCUGUUAGUGUGGAAAUAAAGUUAAUUAAAAAAAAGAAAAGAAACAAAGAUGACGGCAGUUUAGACAGGUCAGUAGAAAUACGAGUGUAUCUGAAUAUCCUUAGACAAACAAAGGUGUUUGCCUUUUCUCUUACAACAGAAAUUAUCAAGUGUGUUAUUUUUUGAUGUAAAGAAAGUGAGUUAGUACUCAUUGUUUAAGAAAAAACACUGCUUUUAUAAUUGCUUCUCUCAUGCAGAAGCUGCUUUGAAGAUAUUGAAGAUGUUGUUGAUCUUACUCAUUGCCUGAGUUCUACAUCAGCACACCAAAGUAUUUCCUCACCAGAAACCAGCCGGGACAUUGUCGCAAAGAUUCAAGAUGUCAUUGAUCUUACCGGGUCCUAGAGUCCCACAUCAGCAGACCAAUAGAUGCCUUCACCAAAGACAAGUAAAUGGAAAUGCUUAAGUCAAAAACAGUGACAGUAGCAGUGGCAAUGAAGCAUUUCAUGUCACUGAGUAUAAUAAAGACAACCCCAAACUUCCUGUAUACAAAGAAAACAGAGGUUCUUGGCCCACUGAGAGUUGUAAAUCUUCUUAGAUCAGUUGGAAUGUUGCUUCCCAUAAGCGUCGCCUGUAUCCAACAACCUAGCCAUGUCGAGCACCACAGAACCUUCAUUGUAGACACCGAAGCAUUGAAAUCCAUAGAGGAUCUCAAGUGUGAUGAUUGUGGUUGCUGGCUCAAUAACAGUGACAAGAAAUUCCGUUUUGUUGUUGACAAGGGUGGAAAUGUCUCCAGAGACGUUAGUAAAGAAAUGAAUGGCCCAGCUGUUGUUCGUACGUUUAAGAGAGAGUACUUCUGCUUGAAAGACGGGGAUUCUGAAUGACUUUAGGAAGAGGAUUGAUGUGAUUUAUGGUAGGUUACUUUUGACGUUUAUGUAUAAAGGGUUUCUCCGGGGGUUUCUACCCGAUGUGAGGGUCUCAAUGGGGAUCAACCAUUAGCCUUUAAAUGCCAAAAAAUGUUAUCCUUUGGCUUAAAACUGAAAUUAUAAUAGAGCAACGACUGUCAUGUGACAGGCAUUGCUCUAUGCUGUAGUGCGAUAGCUGUUUAGAGAGGCAAUUACUCCAUAACCGGUGAGUUACACCAAGCAUGUAUGCAAGGUUACAGAUUUGCUUGCCUGAGCCAUUUUGGUUGAAAGCAUUUUGCUGUUUCAAGAGGAUUACCCUAAAGAACAGUCCAAAGAUUACUGAGCUGUUAUUCCCCGUGCAGUUGAAAAGGACCAUCACAUAAAAUAAAAGAAAGAGCUAAAUUAUAUUUGAAGAUUUGCAUUUGCUUUUGAAAGCCAAAAUCUCUAUAUUUUUUCUCAGUAGGCCGAGACAAGACAGAAUUUGAUUUUGAUCACGGGUAUGUCACGCUACAAUAUCAUGCAACUUUUGUCAACUUCAAGGUCGAGAAGUAAAAUGAAGUAAAUUCCGAGUUGAAGGGGCUCAAUUUACUCUUAAGGACACCGGCUCAUGCUAAUUGUUUCUGUGCAUCCUUACUGCACACGCAAAUUCACACUCCAUGUCACGGCAUCGAGGGCUCGCUAAAGUCAAAACGAAGUCCGUGACCCCCAUUUUUUUCAUUUCUGAAAACAAGUAAGUCAUCUGUCCACAAUAAAAAUUGGACGAAAAUCUAUCAAGUAGAACAUUUUCGCGAUGUAAAAAAAUGUCUGCUGUCGACAACCUUAAAACUAAAAUACCAACUGUUAGUAGUAAAAGCCACUUACCUAUAACAAAUGAAGCAUCACUGAUAUUAAUAUAUCACAUUAUAGGGCCAGAUGGUAUGAUGCAUCAAUAUUGUUUGGUUCAGUAUUCCUUUAAAUGAGGAGCCAAACACUCAAUUGAGCUCAGACCACAUAGAAAUUGCAAGUGAUGGUCAACAGGAUACAUGAGAACCUGGACCAGUACCAAGACUUUCCUGAAGUCGGCUUCUGAAGAAUCUAAGCCAAGGGAGGUGGCCUACAAAACAGUCACAGAAGAACUUGGGGGUCUGCCCGGCUGUUCUGGCAUAAGACAACUACCCAGAGGUAGACAGCAAGUAAAGGAUUUUGGUCGAAAGCCCAGAGACAAAACGAGUGUUCCCGUGAAGAAUAUUUCUGGGGCAGGAAAACAACAUGAUCCGUGGUUUCGUCUUCUCGGCGAUUGUAAAAAACAAGCAAGCGACCGGAAAUCAGCAUUCAUAAGAGACGUAAGAGUCGCCCCAGAGCCAAUGUGUGUCCUUACAACCGACAGAACUCUGAAUGAUAUGGUAAGAUUUUGCUGUAAUCCAGUCGAGUUCAAACCCUUCACCGUGGACCCAACAUUCGACAUAGGUGACUAUAAUGUGAUGCCCAUCACGUAUCAGCACUUAUUGUUAGAAAACAGAAAAGAUGGCAAGCACCCUUCAAUGAUAGGCCCUGUCGUCCUCACUCACGAAAAGAAAACGACAGAGACAUAUUCAGUUUUUAGCGGAGCCCUGAAAUCACUAAACCCAGGCUUAGGCAAAGUCUUAGCGUUUGGUACUGAUGGCGAGAAGGCUCUUGUCAUUGCGUUCAGAAACAACUUUGAAAGGGCCACAAAUCUGCUAUGUGAUCUUCACCUGAAGGCGAACGUCGAAAGCAAACUCCAGGAAUUUGGAAUAAGUGGCAUAGUAAAGGAAACUAUUGUCGCUGACAUAUUUGGAAGACAGAGAGGAACUGUCUUUGAAGCUGGGUUUGCAGAUGCUUCGAGCAGAGACAUGUUUGUCAAACAGCUCGGCCAGCUGGAAGAACCAUGGUCAGCACUACACCAAAAUGGGCGGAAUUUCUUCAAAUGGUUUCAUAAUCACAAGAGCGCUGAUUUCGUGAACUGUGUUAUUAGUCCAGUUCGUCAAAGAGCCGGACUGGCCGUGUCCAUCCGAAAAGUUCACAACCAACCGCUCAGAGGCAACCAACAAUGUAUUGCAGGACUUCGUGUCACGUGAAUCGCAUGGAAAGAAGAGAGUGGAUGAGUAUUCCUUUGCAUCAUCUGUUCAGAAGUUGGUCAAGAUCCAAAAGGAAGAUGUCGAGCUAGCAGCAGUAGGAGGAGGGGAAUACAAAUUGAGAGAAGAAUUCCGGUAUCUAGAAGUUGUCCCAAGCGAAUGGAGCCGAAUGCGCAUCGAUCAGAGAAAAGCAGUGUUACAAAAAAUUCACGAGGCUAACAUUGAUGAAAUGCAACAGUCAAGCGUUACCCAAGCCACGAAUGCCCUUCGAAGCGGAGCACAUGCCGUUAUGCAGGAAAUUCAAAGUAUCGGAAUCGACUGGAUACCUCAUGACGUUUUAUCUGCAUUGGUGAAUAAGGCGGAUUCCCUGAAUAAAGAACAUCAUUCUGUAAUGCCGCAAAAACAAUGAGACAGUCGUUGUUCCGUCAAAGUCAAAUCCCAGAGAUCCACACGUGGUAAACCUGUUUGCUAACGGAAAAGCUGAAUGUGCAAAAUGUCCCGGACUUGCCGCAUUUUCAAUCUGUGCCCACACCCUGGCUGCAUGUUUCGCCAUAGAUCGUCUAAAAGAUUUUCUUCGUUGGCUGGUUAGUACGAAGUGUAAUUCGGGCGGGAUCAAUUUAUCCGCGGCAGUUGCUCACGGAAUGCCCAAAGGAAGGGGCCGUAAAGGGGAACGUGCUCCCAGAAAACGUUCUGUUGGAAACAAAAAACCAAUCUCAAACGUGGUGUCUCGAGUCGCACUUGGCUACAACAGCAACGAUGGUUUACAGCCACACUGUGUCCCCCAAAGGGUAAGCUUUAUCGCAGCAAUCAUCAAACUUCUUCCAGUCCGUUCAGACUCAAUAUCCCCCAAGUCAGCUGUUUGUUGGCCCCACUGCGUCCAACCAAUGUAGUCCAGACUCAGUUUUUCCAACUAGUUUCAUUUCCCCUCAAAAAACCCAGUUCUUCGUUCGACCACAGCCGACCCCUCAGACGUCUUUUCAGCCACAGUCGACCCCUGAGUCGUCUUUUCAGCCACAGUUCAUCCCUCAGAGGUCUUUUCAGCCACAGUUCACCACUAAAAAGUCUUCUCAGCCACAUUUCACCCCUCAGACGUCUUUUCAGCCACAGUCGACCCCUCAGACGUCUUUUAAGCCACAGUUCACCCCUCAGACGUCUUUUCAGCCACAGUUCACCAAUCAGAGGUCUUUUCAGC